AUGAUCGCGUCGUGUCUGUGUUACCUGCUGCUGCCGGCCGCGCGCCUUUUCCGCGCCCUCUCAGAUGCUUUCUUCACAUGUCGAAAAAAUGCCCUCCUGGCGAAGAGCUCGUCCUCCCAGGUAGAAGGGGACUUUGCCAUGGCCCCUCGGGGCCCCGACCAGGAGGAGUGUGAGGGCCUGCUGCAGCAGUGGCGGGAAGAAGGGUCGAGCCAGCUGCUCUCAACUGUGAGCGACGGUCCCCUUGUAGAUAAGGGGCUCGCUGAGAGCAGCCUGGCCCUCCUGAUGGAUAAUCCCGGAGAACAGGAUGCUGCUCUGGAGGACAAGUGGUCUAGCAGGCAGCUGAGUGACCUGCGGGCAGCAGAGAACCUGGAGGAGCCUUUCCCCGAGGUGCUAGGAGAGGAGGCGCCACUGUCGGAGGUCGAGGGCCCAAUGUGGGCAGCAGUGCCCGUGCAGACUGGCCCCCAGUACACAGACUGUGCUGUCCUCCCCAUGGGUGUGCUGGCCACAGAGCAGUGGGACGAGGACCCCGCGGUGGUGGCCUGGAGCAUUGCACCGGAGCCUGUGUCCCAGGAAGAGGCCCCCGUCUGGCCCUUUGCAGGUCUGGGGCAGCUGCAGCCUCCCCCACUGGAAAUCCCGUAUCACGAAAUCUUGUGGCGAGAAUGGGAGGAUUUCUCCACUCAGCAAGAUGCUCAGGGCCUGGAGGCUGGGGAUGGCCCUCAAUUCCAGUUCACUCUGAUGUCCUAUAAUAUCCUGGCCCAGGACCUGAUGCAGCAGAGCUCUGAGCUCUAUCUGCACUGCCACCCCGACAUCCUCAACUGGAGCUAUCGCUUUGCAAAUCUCAUGCAGGAAUUCCAGCACUGGGACCCGGACAUCCUGUGUCUCCAGGAGGUCCAGGAAGAUCAUUACUGGGAGCAGCUGGAGCCCUCUCUGAGGAUGAUGGGCUUUACCUGUUUCUACAAGAGGAGGACCGGGUGUAAGACAGAUGGCUGUGCUGUCUGCUACAAGCCCACGAGAUUCCGUCUGCUCUGCGCCAGCCCCGUGGAGUACUUUCGGCCUGGCUUGGAGCUCCUCAAUCGGGACAACGUGGGCUUAGUAUUGCUGCUCCAGCCACUGGUCCCAGAAGGCCUGGGGCAAGUCUCGGUGGCCCCGUUAUGUGUGGCAAAUACCCACGUCCUGUACAACCCACGGCGGGGCGACAUCAAGCUGGCCCAGAUGGCCAUUCUCCUGGCCGAAGUGGACAAGGUGGCCCGGCUGUCGGACGGCAGCCACUGCCCCAUUGUCCUGUGUGGGGACCUGAACUCUGUGCCCAACUCGCCUCUCUACAAUUUCAUCAGGGACGGCGAGCUCCAGUACCACGGGAUGCCAGCCUGGAAGGUAUCUGGCCAGGAAGACUUCUCCCAUCAGCUUUAUCAGAGGAGGCUGCAGGCCCCACUGUGGCCCAGCUCCCUGGGUAUCACUGACUGCUGUCAGUAUGCCACCUCCUGUCAUCCCACAAACGCAGAGAGACGUAAGUAUAGCCGAGACUUCCUGCUACGUUUCCGCUUCUGCAACAUCGCCUGCCAGAGACCUGUAGGACUGGUUCUUAUGCAAGGAGUGACAGAUACUAAGCCAGAGCGACCUGCUGGCUGGGCCGAGUCCGUCAUUGAGGAAGACACAUCUGAGCCGGACAUCCCCAGGCACCCUGUGGGCACCAUCCAGCACUGCCUACACCUGACCUCGGUGUAUACUCAUUUCCUGCCCCAGCAUGGCCGCCCAGAGGUCACCACAAUGCCCCUGGGUCUGGGAACGACAGUAGAUUACAUCUUCUUCUCAGCCGAGUCCUGCGAGGAUGGGAACAGAACUGAUCGCAGGCGGCAUCGGGACGGAACUCUCAAGCUCCUGGGCCGGCUCUCGCUCCUCUCCGAAGAGGCCCUCUGGGCGGCCAACGGCUUACCCAACCCCUUCUGCUCUUCAGACCACCUCUGCCUACUGGCCAGGCUCGGGAUGGGGGUCACCACCCCGUGA